CUACAGGCCGUAGACAGCGAGCCCUUUUCUGAACAAACUGUCCUGCGAGAGACGUUCACUCAUUCAGUCCUCUGACCUUACACGGAAACUUUAAAAACAUCCUGAAAAACCCAGGCUUGACUUUUUUACUCCUCUGAGUACAUCAGAAGAUGGACAACGAGAGGGGUUCUCAGUCCCGGCCCAAGGAAGUAGGUAGGCCGUUGCAGGGCUCGACGAAGACCGUUACCCCUCAGAACCUUCACGGGGGCAGGAGGAGAAGAGUCCAGCACUCAUCGCAUUCAGAAAGCCAUGCCUCAGAAGACCGUCUCUUUCCCGAGCAGUACGGUUCUGUGCACGGCUCCAGAGGCGAGUUUGUGUGGUUCAACAGCAACAUGUACGAGCAAGCCGAGGACUUUUCUCAGAACCCGUCAAGCUUGGGGUCGAGUCCAAGAGAGCAAGUCGUCCACCGCUCCCUGGUGUUUAGGGCAAAACGGAAACCAACUCAACCCACUAGAGAGGAGGGGAACCGCAUCCGGUCUCGCUCCUACAGCGCUCAGAAAAACCAGCGCUCAUCCUCCGAGCCGCAGAAAGGACGCAGGAAGAGGGGUUACUCAGAGACGGAGCGUCCCAACCCGAGAAAACGGGACAACAUCAUCAUGAGUGGAGUCCAGUGCUUGGCCCAGGAGAAUAUCUGGUUUGACAAAUCAAAAUACGACGAGGCAGAGCGAUGCUUCUACGAGGGGAUAAACGGCGUACCUUCGGCUCCUCAGGAGACGGACGCUAACGGCUUCCUGCAGGACAUGGUUAAAGCCCGCCAGGCUAUCCAGCAGUCCCUAACCGGAGUGAAGGCAGCGUUGCAGUCGGGUAAAACACACUCCCGUCCCCAAAAGCCUCGUGAGCGCAAGUCUAGUCAGAAUGCCAGCAAAUCAGAAGAUCAGAGCGAGCUGGUGUCUCGCAUCAAGAGCUUGGAGCUGGACAACAAGAACCUGCACAAAGUGGUCGAUGACCUGAGGGCCAUGCUGUCCAAGCUAGAGAGCAGAUUGUCCGUGUUGGAGAAGAGUCCGAGUUCGGCUCCUAAAGCAGCAACUGCUCCACAGGCUGCACCGGCGGCGAGACCCAAAGUGGUGGUAAAAGAAGAGGACGACGACGACAUCGACCUGUUUGGCAGCGACGAGGAAGACGAAGAGGCAGAGCGCAUUAAAGCACAGAGGGUGCAGGAGUACGCAGCGAAGAAAGCUAAAAAACCCGCCCUCAUCGCCAAGUCCUCCAUUAUACUCGACGUCAAACCCUGGGAUGAUGAGACCGAUAUGGCCAAGCUGGAGGAGUGUGUUCGUUCGGUGCAGAUGGACGGUUUGCUCUGGGGUGCCUCCAAACUGGUGCCUGUCGGUUAUGGCAUCAGGAAGCUGCAGAUCAACUGUGUUGUCGAGGACGACAAAGUCGGAGUCGACAUACUUGAGGAGGAAAUCACCAAAUUUGAAGACUACGUCCAGAGUGUUGAUGUUGCUGCUUUUAACAAGAUCUGAGCGUUUGCUCGACAACCACCACCUCAUUUUCAAUGGGCUGCCUGCUGCUUCUCGAUCACACAGAUACCAAUAAACUGUUACAAAGCCUUA